AUGCCCGUAAAGCCCAUUGCUUGCCCACUAACGGUACGCCAGCUGCCAAAAUUUCUUGGUGCAGCUGUGACAAAGCUGCCAGACGCCUCGUUUGUGCUUGUUACCACACGAAGCACAGGCAAGUAUUCGGUCUUCAACAACACUCCAAGGCCUCCAAACUCCUCGUCUGACUAUCAACAAACUCCGACCACAUCAUCCGGCCGAUCCACUCUCGUCGCCCUACUCGUUGUCGUCGUGACUUGUACGAACGGAGUGCUCGCCGAGCAAGAAGCAGUCCAGUUUGGCUUCGGGGGUUUCCCUGGUAUGGGAGGCAUGGGAGGAUUCCCCGGAAUGGGCGGCGGCAUGGGCGGAAUGGGGGGCAUGUCGAACUUCAUGAAGAUGAUCCCUGGCAUGGGUGGAGGAGGCAUGGGCGGUUUCCCGGGUAUGGGCGGCGGCGGCAUGGGAGGUGGCACCUCUGGCACGAGCGGUGGCGGCGGUCUGUCGGGUCUCAGCAGCAUGAUGUCAGGCAUGGGCGGCGGCUCCAGCAAAACGACUUCGGGCACAGGAACUGGUACAGUACAUGGAGCAAAUAGGUCUCGUCGCAGACUUCGCUCGGAGUGA